AUGUGUAUGAAUAAUUAUUUCUUAUUCUGUCUUUUUUUAUUUUUAUUACAGGGAGGAAUAUGGGAAUUUAUUGAAGAAAUAUUUAAUGGAUUGAUCAAUACUUUAGAUCAGGAGGAGGAGAUGGUCAAACUGUGGUGUAAGGAGGAUCAUGGGAAAGAAGAAACUGAUCAAUUUAGUACAGAGAAGAAGGAAUUCUGUAAGGCUGUUAUAAAAAUAUACAUGUGGAUGAAUGGGUUGAAUCAGAAUUUACGUAGAGUACGGGAUCCUAAGAACAUGAGUGAUAUAGAGUUAUAUUUAAGGUGUGUAAUAGGGAACGUGAGCUUGGUGCACUUGUACAAAGGACAUUGUCUAUUCGAAGAAUUCAAUGAGUAUAUUUCUAAAUCUUUAGGAGGAUAUCAAGAAAAUAUAGGUGAUAUAAAUAACAGUCGUGUAUGUGAGAAUAUUGAGUUCAGUAAAGUGAAGUUAGGAGGCAAGUUAAUUGGUGGAAUCAUAGAAGGUUGGAUAGACAAUCUGGAAAAGAAGGGAGAAAAAAUAAGAGGGUAUGAAUGGAUAAUGAGGAAUAAAGAAUGUAGAACGAACAAUAAUGACUGGCGGAAAGUAGAAAGAGGGAAAAACGAAAACAAGAAUGAUAUUUUGAAAUGGUUCGAAGGGAAGGAUAUAGAGGAAUUACAGGAAGUUAUAAAGGGAAAAAAUUAUUUAUCCAAAGAAGAAGCAGAGGAUGUAGUGAAAGGAAUGAAAGAGAAAGAAAUAUUGAAGGAAGAAAAAGUGAAGGAAGAAUUAGAAAAACGCGUGGACCAAAAAAUAAAAGGAAGAAACGGAUCUUCACCCCAACCACAAGCAACCACCUCCAAACCUGGCCCUCCAGAACCUACUCGAGCACCCCAUGGCCCUGGAAUAGCGGAUAAGUCAAAUCCGAAAAGUGGAAUGAGUGAAGAUGAGAAGGCGUUCAUAGAAAAGUUGUCAGAAGAAAAGGUGGAGGACAGCGAUAUAAGUACUUUCGCUAGUACAUGCGAAGAGGAAAGGACUGGAAUGUCAGGAUUAGAAGCAGGGGCGACAGAGAAAGACAAAUCUUUCUGUAGAAUAAUGUUAAGAAAUUUCUUAAUGGCAAGUCCAAAGGAUAAUAUCGACAUGAUCAUAAAGGGGAAAGGUUAUCUGGAAAAUAUUGAUCCUCCUGUACGAUGUCAAAUUCUUAAUCUGUGGAUGAGACACUAUAAGGAGGAGAAGAAAUGUGAUCCGGAGAAGAUGUAUGAGUAUAUUAAGAAAAGUAUAGACGCAACAGUAGGGGAAGUAAAGUGGAUGAAUGGAAGUUAUCAGAAGUGUGAAUACAAAGUUGGUAAUGAUUCCCAUGUGAGCACAGUAGACACGUACUCCGCAAGUAAAGAAGAACAGUGGGAAAAACAUAUACGUGAAGGAAUAGCGAAGAUAGGAUUAGGGGAAAACUGUGGUGAAACCAUACAUGGAUCAGGAAAGGACCAAACUACUCAAGGCACUGGAGGUGGCCUAGGUGGUAGUGGUAGUAGCAGUCACGCAGCUGGUGAAGCACCACCAAAACCCGAUUCCUUACCAGCUCGACAUCCUCCUCCACCACCCCCAAGGAGACCAGAAACAGAAGUGCUUGCAGCUGCUAAAGCACGGAAGACGCUACCCAAAGUUAAGGAAGUAAACUUUAUGCAUUCUUCCCUUCCAUACCUUCCUAUAAUUCCUGUAUCCAUCGCCACCUUCGUUACGAGUUAUUUACUUUGGAAGUACUUUGGAAUGCUUGGUACGAGAAGAAAACGUUACAGAAGGGCUUAUCAAGUACGUGGUCCCUCCUUAAAACAGCAGAUUGUUGACCAUGUGAACAACCAGCCAGAUGGUCCACAUGAAUAUAUCUUAGUAAAGGAACGCAAACCUCGUUCUACGCCUAUAAAAAGGAGGAAAAAACGUGGUGCUGAUCGCCGUGCUGGUCGCCCUGUUCGUCGUCCUGCUGGUGUACGUCGCCGCAUGAUUAUUGAUAUUCAUUUAGAAGUCUUAGACGAAUGUCAAAAAGGGGACGCCAAACUGGUUCAGGAAGACUUUUUUGAAAUUUUGGUUCGAGAGUUUAUGGAAUGCAAAUUUAUGAAAGAAGAAAAUGUUCCUAAGGAAGAAGUUUCUAAGGAACAACUUCCUAUGGUUGAUGUUCCUAAGGGAGAGGUUCAUAAGGAACAGGUUCCAAGUUCUGAUUCCGGGUUUAGGGAGGAAGGCUUUGUUCCUGAGGAACAGGUUCCAUGUUGA